AUGAUACUAUCUCGAUCCCAUAAUUCAAUUCAACAAGAUCACCAUUUAGAAAACCAAAAAAUAAAUUCAGUGACUUCUAUAAAAGAUCUUGGAGUUAUUUUUGACACUAAAUUAAACUUCUCACAGAAUAUUAACAAAAUUUCUCUUCAAGCCCUAAGAACACUUAGCUUCAUCAUCAGGAGUGGUCGAGAUUUCCACAGCAUAGACACACUAUGCAUUCUGUACUCCACACUCGUCAGGCCUUUUCUAGAAUAUAACUCCAUAGUUUGGGCACCUCACACUGAAUUAUCAAGCAACAAACUUAACAAAGGAAAUUUGAAAAAUACCUUAAGCACUUUGCGCAAUCAAAAAGAAUAA